CGCCCACUCCGAGGCUAGGAGUUUUUCCACAUUGAUGGUUUCACGGGAGUAGUUGUAGUGUUCAAACGGGAGGCGAAGCCGACCUGGAUAGAAAACUGCCGGGAUAGUUUUAGCUGGAGUUUGGGUGAAGUUACCGCAAGUGGCAGGGUUUUUGCUCCUUUUCUCUCGGAUAGUGAUCUAAAGUUUUCACCAUGCCGGUGUUUCACACGAAGACGAUAGAAAGUAUCCUGGAGCCGGUGGCUCAGCAGAUAUCCCAUCUGGUGAUAAUGCACGAGGAAGGUGAGGUUGACGGGAAGGCUAUCCCGGAUCUGUCGGCGCCGGUCGCCGCCGUCCAGGCUGCAGUGAGCAACCUCGUUCGGGUGGGAAAGGAAACCGUGCAAACCACAGAAGACCAGCUCAUGAAAAGGGACAUGCCCCCAGCUUUUAUUAAAGUGGAGAAUGCAUGCACUAAACUGGUGCAGGCUGCCUCCAUGCUGAAGGCCGAUCCAUACUCUGUUCCUGCUCGGGAUUACCUCAUUGAUGGCUCCCGGGGAAUCCUCUCUGGCACCUCUGACCUGCUUCUGACCUUUGAUGAGGCCGAGGUUCGCAAAAUAAUCCGUGUGUGUAAAGGCAUCCUGGAGUAUCUGACAGUGGCAGAGGUGGUGGAGUCUAUGGAGGACCUGAUCACAUACACAAAAAACCUGGGACCAGGAAUGACAAAGAUGGCCAAGAUGAUAGAUGAGAGACAGCAGGAGCUGACACACCAGGAGCACCGCGUGAUGCUGGUCAACUCCAUGAACACCGUCAAAGAGCUUCUGCCCAUCCUCAUCUCAGGAAUCAAAAUCUUUGUGACUACGAAGACAUCUGGCAGUCAUGGAGUGGAGGAAGCCUUGAAAAACAGGAACUUCACCUUUGAGAAGAUGAGCGCAGAGAUAAAUGAGAUCAUCAGAGUGCUGCAGCUGACGUCCUGGGACGAGGACGCCUGGGCCAACAAAGACACAGAAGCCAUGAGAAGAGCUCUGGGGCUCAUUGACUCAAAGAUGGCUCAGGCCAAGAACUGGCUGAGGGAUCCAAAUGCUCAACCAGGGGAUGCAGGCGAACAGGCUGUCCGACAGAUCCUUGAUGAAGCUGGGAAAGUGGGCGAACUGUGUGCUGGCAAGGAGCGCCGAGAUAUCCUAGGCACAGCCAAGACCCUGGGCCAGAUGACUGACCAGGUGUCCGAGAUGAGAGCCAGAGGUCACGGGGCAUCUCCAGCCGCCAUGCAGAAAGCCCAGCAGGUUUCUCAAGGGCUGGACGUGCUAACUGGCAAGGUGGAAAAUGCAGCUCGCAAGCUGGAGGCCAUGACUAACUCCAAGCAGGUCAUUGCCAAAAGGAUCGAUGCUGCUCAGAACUGGCUGUCUGACCCUCACGGCGGCCCAGAGGGAGAAGAAAACAUCAGAGCCCUGCUCGCUGAAACCAAAAAGAUUGCAGACAUGUGUGAGGAUCCCAAAGAAAGAGAUGACAUAUUGCGCUCAAUGGGAGAGAUUGCUGCCAUGACGGCCAAGCUGUCAGAUCUUAGACGACAGGGUAAAGGUGACACUCCUGAGGCCAGAGCUUUGGCUAAACAAAUCGCAACAGCUCUGCAGAACCUGCAAUCCAAGACCAACAAAGCUGUGGCCAACAGCAGGCCUGCGAAGGCAGCCGUGCACUUGGAAGGAAAGAUUGAGCAGGCGCAGCGCUGGAUCGACAAUCCCACAGUGGAUGACAGUGGUGUUGGCCAAGCAGCCAUCCGUGGGCUGGUGGCAGAGGGCCGCCGGCUGGCCAACGCGCUGCCAGGUCCAUACAGGCAGGAGCUGGUGGGCAAAUGUGAGCAGGUGGAGCAGCUUAUGGCCCAGCUUGCUGACCUGGCUGCCCGCGGUGAAGGGGACAGCCCCCAGGCACGUGCUGUGGCGCAGCAGCUGCAGGAAGCCUUGAAAGAUCUAAAAGGAAAGAUGCAGGAGGCGAUGACUCAGGAGGUGUCCGACAUCUUCAGUGACACCACCACCCCCAUCAAGUUACUCGCUGUGGCUGCUACCGCCUCUCUGGAUGCCCCCAACAGAGAUGAGGUCUUUGAGGAAAGGGCUGCCAACUUUGAAAACCACGCCAAUAGGCUUGGCGCCACAGCAGAGAAGGCUGCAGCUGUCGGCACUGCCAACAAGAGCACAGUGGAGGGGAUCCAGGCCGCUGUCAAAUCAACAAGGGACUUAACACCACAAGUGGUGUCUGCUGCUCGUAUUCUGCUGAGAAAUCCUGGCAACCAAGCUGCAUAUGAACAUUUUGAGACCAUGAAGAAUCAGUGGAUUGACAAUGUAGAGAAAAUGACAGGUCUGGUGGACGAGGCCAUCGAUACCAAAUCUCUGCUGGAUGCUUCAGAGGAAGCCAUUAAGAAGGACUUGGAUAAGUGCCGUGUGGCCAUGGCCAAUCACCAGCCUCAGAUGCUGGUAGCUGGCGCCACGAGCAUCGCCCGCAGAGCGAAUCGUAUCAUGUUGGUGGCAAAGCGGGAGGUGGAGAACUCAGAGGAUCCUAAAUUCAGGGAGAUUGUGAAGGCGGCCUCCGAUGAGCUGAGCCGCACAAUUUCCCCCAUGGUGAUGGGUGCGAAGGCAGUGGCUGGAAAUAUCCAGGAUCCAAAUCUACAGAAGGGCUUUCUGGAUUCGGGGUAUAAGAUUCUUGGAGCUGUGGCAAAAGUCAGAGAGGCCUUCCAGCCACAAGAGCCAGACUUCCCACCACCUCCUCCAGAACUGGACCAGCUUAAUCUCAACGAUGAGCCAGCACCACCAAAGCCUCCUCUUCCAGAGGGUGAGGUUCCUCCCCCGAGGCCUCCUCCUCCAGAGGAGAAAGACGAGGAGUUCCCUGAGCAGAAGGCUGGCGACAUGGUUAAUGAGCCCAUGAUGGUCGCUGCCAGGCAGCUCCACGACGAGGCCCGCAAGUGGUCCAGCAAAGGCAACGACAUCAUUGGCGCUGCCAAACGAAUGGCCUUGCUCAUGGCCGAGAUGUCGCGUCUGGUGCGCGGCGGCAGCGGGAACAAGCGAGCGCUCAUCCAGUGUGCCAAGGAUAUCGCAAAGGCCUCUGAUGAAGUAACGCGACUGGCCAAGGAAGUGGCGAAGCAGUGUACUGACAAACGCAUCCGCACCAACCUGCUUCAGGUGUGUGAGCGUAUUCCCACCAUCAGCACCCAGCUUAAAAUCCUGUCCACAGUCAAGGCCACUAUGUUGGGUCGUACAAACAUUAGCGAAGAGGAGUCAGAGCAGGCUACUGAAAUGUUAGUCCACAACGCUCAGAACCUGAUGCAAUCUGUGAAGGAGACGGUCCGGGAAGCGGAGGCGGCUUCUAUUAAGAUCCGGACAGAUGCAGGUUUCACCCUCCACUGGGUCAGGAAGACCCCCUGGUACCAGUAAGAGAAGGGCCACGGUUCCACCGCUCCAUGCUGGUCUGUCCGGCUGUCGGACAGAUGUAUGCUUCAUCAGAGCUGUAAUAACGGUGCCCAUCCCUCUGCUGUGGCCAGAGCUGUCGCUUAGUCCCAGGUCCUGUCUGUAACAGUUGCUGUCCUGGUAGAAUGUAAAAAAUGCCCUGUCUGUGCGGGUUAUGGAUUAGUUUUACUUGCUGGGAGCGUCUUUUAUUCAAAAGUGUGUAAAAAAUUUAGUGCAGUAGUUUAUUUUGACAAAUCCCAGAGAUUUAUAUAUAUUGAUUAGAGGUUCUUAAACUCUCCACUAAAACGUGGAGGUAUAGUAGGUUGUUUCUUGACUCUUCUGGACACAAACCACAGUUUAAAUAAUAAUAAUGUUAUAAUUAUCAUUAAUUCAACGUUGCUAGAACAAGCACACGUGAACUAGGGGACAUUAUAAGCUUAUGUUGAACACACUUUAAACAUAGUCAGUGGUAUUUAUCUGUUUACACUAUUUUAUGUUAGCACAAGUAAAAAACACUGCUCCUUAUUUUACAUUUUGUAACACAGUUGUAGUUAAAGUAAAUGUUUUCAGACUUCUGCCAAAGACUUUCUGCCUUGAUCUUUUUAAGUGCCGCAAUAUGUAUUUGACAUUACUUAAACAAGCUCUGUGGUUUCUUCCCCACAGCAGAUCAAAAACGGCUUCAAGUCAUUCUACGCACAUUGUAUGUUCCAUGUGUUGCAUUGAGAUUAGAUGUAAUUAAUAAGCUUGUGCAUCACUAUGAGGCCUCACAGCCAAGAACAAUUACUCUGAUUUCACACAAUCUAACUACGCUUGGACUUCUUUGGAGAAACUGCAGGGCUUUUUAUAAACACUGAGCACACUGUGUAAUGUCUGGUGCAUCAUCCAUUGAGAAAAUGAAAUGCACAGUCCUCCUAGGUAGCCAUGGGAACGACCAGCGUCUAGAGAUGAAGCAGUGUCUGCAGCUGCUGGAAAAAGAAACUGGCCACUUCUCAUGGCAACUGUGAUUAAUACUUUGAAAUGUCUGGAGUCUUUUUUAUCUCCUGUACCAACUGAUGUGCCUUGUGGAAGACCGUUUAUUUGCAACUGAUACGGUUUUGAUUUUUAGCAUUUUGUAUCAUUUGUACAUGGUGACAUUGGGAUGAUUUGUUAAACACUUGUACACGAUUGCUCUAUAAAGGUCCACCUGCUCUGUGGCUCUAACUUCAAGUCAGAUUAUGCUCUAUGCAAUUACUGAGGACUUGUAAAAGCUGUCAAGGUUAUGCAAUUUGGUUGGGUUUCAGUGGGACUGAACAUUUGUGCUUUAGGCGUUGUUCACUAUUUUGUAAUAAAGCAUUUCAUAGCACUUUGAA